AUGGCCCUCCUCCAGUACCCUUCAGGUCAUGGCCCUCCUCCAGUACCCUUCAGGUCAUGGCCCUCCUCCAGUACCCUUCAGGUCAUGGCCCUCCUCCAGUACCCUUCAGGUCAUGGCCCUCCUCCAGUACCCUUCAGGUCAUGGCCCUCCUCCAGUACCCUUCAGGUCAUGGCCCUCCUCCAGUACCCUUCAGGUCAUGGCCCUCCUCCAGUACCCUUCAGGUCAUGGCCCUCCUCCAGUACCCUUCAGGUCUUGGCCCUCCUCCAGUACCCUUCAGGUCAUGGCCCUCCUCCAGUACCCUUCAGGUCAUGGCCCUCCUCCAGUACCCUUCAGGUCAUGGCCCUCCUCCAGUACCCUUCAGGUCAUGGCCCUCCUCCAGUACCCUUCAGGUCAUGGCCCUCCUCCAGUACCUUUCUGGUCAUGGCCCUCCUCCAGUACCCUUCAGGUCAUGGUCUUCCAGUACCCUUCAGGUCAUGGCCCUCCUCCAGUACCCUUCAGGUCAUGGCCCUCCUCCAGUACCCUUCAGGUCAUGGCCCUCCUCCAGUACCCUUCAGGUCAUGGCCCUCCUCCAGUACCCUUCAGGUCAUGGCCCUCCUCCAGAACCCUUCAGGUCAUGGCCCUCCUCCAGUACCCUUCAGGUCAUGGCCCUCCUCCAGUACUCUUCAGGUCAUGGCCCUCCUCCAGUACCUUUCUGGUCAUGGCCCUCCUCCAGUACCCUUCAGGUCAUGGUCUUCCAGUACCCUUCAGGUCAUGGCCCUCCUCCAGUACCCUUCAGGUCAUGGCCCUCCUCCAGUACCUUUCUGGUCAUGGCCCUCCUCCAGUACCCUUCAGGUCAUGGUCUUCCAGUACCCUUCAGGUCAUGGCCCUCCUCCAGUACCCUUCAGGUCAUGGCCCUCCUCCAGUACCUUUCUGGUCAUGGCCCUCCUCCAGUACCCUUCAGGUCAUGGCCCUCCUCCAGUACCCUUCAGGUCAUGGCCCUCCUCCAGUACCCUUCAGGUCAUGGCCCUCCUCCAGUACCCUUCAGGUCAUGGCCCUCCUCCAGUACCCUUCAGGUCAUGGCCCUCCUCCAGUACCCUUCAGGUCAUGGCCCUCCUCCAGUACCCUUCAGGUCAUGGCCCUCCUCCAGUACCCUUCAGGUCAUGGCCCUCCUCCAGUACCCUUCAGGUCAUGGCCCUCCUCCAGUACCUUUCUGGUCAUGGCCCUCCUCCAGUACCCUUCAGGUCAUGGUCUUCCAGUACCCUUCAGGUCAUGGCCCUCCUCCAGUACCCUUCAGGUCAUGGCCCUCCUCCAGUACCUUUCUGGUCAUGGCCCUCCUCCAGUACCCUUCAGGUCAUGGUAUUCCAGUACCCUUCAGUACCCUUCAGGUCAUGGCCCUCCUCCAGUACCCUUCAGGUCAUGGCCCUCCUCCAGUACCUUUCUGGUCAUGGCCCUCCUCCAGUACCCUUCAGGUCAUGGCCCUCCUCCAGUACCCUUCAGGUCAUGGCCCUCCUCCAGUACCCUUCAGGUCAUGGCCCUCAUCCAGUACCCUUCAGGUCAUGGCCCUCCCCCAGUACCCUUCAGGUCAUGGCCCUUAUCCAGUAUCCUUCAGGUCAUGGCCCUCCUCCAGUACCCUUCAGGUCAUGGCCCUUAUCCAGUAUCCUUCAGGACAUGGCCCUCCUCCAGUACCCUUCAGGUCAUGGCCCUCCUCCAGUACCCUUCAGGACAUGGCCCUCCUCCAGUACCCUUCAGGUCAUGGCCCUUAUCCAGUAUCCUUCAGGUCAUGGCCCUCCUCCAGUACCCUUCAGGUCAUGGUCUUCUAGUACCCUUCAGGUCAUGGCCCUCCUCCAGUACCCUUCAGGUCAUGGUCUUCCAGUACCCUUCAGGUCAUGGCCCUUCGUGAUUGUUGAUUGUUGA